AUGUCGCAAAGGAUUGGUAACGCAGUACUGGCACUUACUCGAGUUUGGCAUCAUGUUGAUGUUGCAGCAGAUUCGAGGACUCUUGGUAGGUUAGCUUCACAAAUUGCCAUUACACUACAAGGUAAGCAUAAACCUACAUAUACCCCCAAUAGAGAUCACGGUGAUUAUGUUGUUGUUACAAACUGUGCACAUUUGAAAAUCACCGGUAACAAGUUAAAGGAUAAAACUUAUUGGCAUCAUACAUCGCGUCCGGGAACGUUAAACUUGAUCCCCAUGGAGAGAAUGAUUGCAAAUAAAGGAUAUGGUGAGGUGUUGAAAAGAGCCGUUAAAGGAAUGAUUCCAAAGAAUAAGCACAGAUUGGUCAGAAUGGACAGGUUAAAAGUAUUUGAUGGGGAUGAGCAUCCAUACAAAGAAAAUCUAAUAGCAUUUGCGGAUGAAAUGAAAGAUGUUAGAGCCAAGUUGGCCAAAUUGGAGGAGAAUGAAGCUAAGAGAGCUGAACUUAGGAAAAAGUACUUGUCACAUCAAGUAUAG